AUGCUCGUCCUUGAAGCCAUUACACUCCUCGCGGGCCUGUCGACUGUGUCGGCAGUGCCUAUGGCCCAGCCUCGUCGUCGAGGCUUCACCCUCAACCAACUUAUCAAGCCAACGACCAAAGGACUAGCCCGAACUGCCAACCUUCCAGGGAUAUAUGCAGGUGUAUACACCAAAUUCGGAGCGAGCGUGCCUGCGGAUCUCAAGUCUGCUGCGGAUAAUGGCACUGCUGUCGCUAAGCCGGAGGAGGAUGAUAAGGAGUAUCUGACACCGGUGAAGAUUGGGGAUACGACGUUGAAUUUGGAUAUCGACACGGGUUCCGCCGAUCUAUGGGUGUUUUCAAACGAGCUAUCCACCACCGCGCAAAGCGGUCACAGCGUCUACAAGCCAGCCUCCAACGCGACCAAGAUGGAAGGAUAUAGUUGGGAGAUCUCCUAUGGUGACGGAAGCGGUGCGACAGGUGACGUCUACAAAGACACCGUUACUGUCGGUGGUGUCACAGCGCACGGUCAAGCAGUCGAAGCUGCCAAGAAGAUCAGUCGAUCUUUCGUUGCCGAUAAGAAUAAUGAUGGCUUGAUGGGGUUGGCGUUCAGUUCUCUUAAUACUGUCAAACCCCAUGCCCAGAAAACCUUCUUCGACACCGUCAAGGACGACCUCGAUGAACCUGUGUUCGCUGUAGCACUCAAGCACCAGGCGGCAGGCUCAUACGACUUCGGGUACAUCGACAAGUCCAAGUACACCGGCUCGAUCACAUAUACCGAAGUCGACAGCACAGAUGGAUACUGGAUGUUCACAGCGGGGGGCUAUGGCAUCGGCGAUGGUGACACCAGCUCAACCCCUCUGACUGGGAUUGCAGACACCGGCACCACCCUCCUCAUGCUCCCCGAAGAAGUCGUCGACGCAUACUACAAGCAAGUCUCCGGCGCUGAGAAGAGCACAACGGCUGGUGGCUACGUCGUCCCCUGUGACGCUGAACUGCCGGACUUCAUCACUGUUAUUAGCAGCAGCACCGGCACUGGCAGCAGUACCGGCAGCAGUCCCAGCAGUAGCAGCACUCCCGGCCUUGGCGGCAGCUCCGGCGGUGGCUACGGUGAUGGUGGCCUCGGGAGCAUCUUUGGUGGUGGCUUCAGCAGUGGUAUUUUCUCCAACAAGAGGAGCACUAGCAGCAGUGGAAGCGGAAGCUACAAAGCUGUGACACCUGGCAAGCACAUCAAGAUGUCUGCCAUUGAUGAGGAAGGGUCGAGUUGUUUUGGUGGGAUUCAGAGUAACUCUGGGAUGAGCUUUUCGAUCUUCGGGGAUGUAUUUUUGAAGAGUCAGUAUGUUGUUUUUGACCCUGAGAAGCCGCGGUUGGGGUUUGCGCCUCAGGCUUAA